AUGCUAGGCAGAUUAGCUCGCAGUUUCGCUACCAAAAGAAAAACCACCCAACUCAAAGAUAUGCUCCACAGCAAUGAGCUUCAGUUUAUCAUGGAAGCCCACAAUGGUAUGUCUGCUGUCAUCGUUGAAGAAGCAGGCUUUAAAGGAAUUUGGGGAAGUGGCCUUUCUAUAUCUGCCCAGCUGGGUGUUCGUGACUGCAACGAAGCUUCAUGGACACAAGUCCUAGAUGUCCUGGAGUUCAUGUCAGAUAGAACAUCAAUUCCAAUUUUGCUUGAUGGCGAUACUGGAUAUGGAAAUUUCAACAAUGCCAGAAGACUUGUUCAGAAACUCGAACAAAGAGGAAUUGCAGGUGUUUGCCUUGAAGAUAAACUUUUCCCUAACUCAAUUAAUUGAAUUUUCUAAUAAUAAACAAAAUAAAUUAAUAAUUUAAAAAAAACUGAAAUAAGGGCUAAGACAAAUUCUUUAUUAGAUGGAGCCAAGCAGCAACUUGCUGAUAUUACAGAAUUCAGUAAAAAAAUUGAAGCUUGCAAAGAACAAGCAAGUGAUAAAGAUUUUGUAGUUGUUGCCAGAGUAGAAGCUUUUAUUGCAGGAUGGGGUCUUGAAGAAGCUGUGAGAAGAGCUGAAGCUUACAGACAGGCUGGAGCUGAUGCUAUCCUUAUGCAUAGCAAGUUAAGUGAACCUACUGAAAUCCAAGCUUUUAUGAAAGAAUGGAAUCGCAGACAUCCAGUUCUUAUUGUCCCAACGAAAUACUACACAACCCCUACAGACAGUUUCAGAGAGUGGGGAGUGAAUAUGAUUAUUUGGGCUAACCACAACAUCAGAAUUGAUUAAUUAUAUUUAAAGUUCCGACUCCUUCAGAACUAAUGCCAAUUUUAAGCCUAACAAGUGAUUUCACUGGAUUCCGACUACAAAAUGGCAUAUGCACCAUAGUGUCUAUACUAAAUAAAUUCCACCACCAGCCGAGCCAGUGCCUAAGACUGAUUGCCUUGCCAUGCCCUUUCUGACUCAGCUCCGGCGAUUCCACUUAAGGGUCACCUUCCUUGGGUAUGCUGAGUGGAGAAACCUUUAGCGUCUUGAGUGCACUUGGAGUAGUCUCCUAGUCACACACAUCUAUAAGUUAAACCGCUAUUGUUGUGCAGAGUCUUCAAACCAAUAAAUAAAAUCACAUGAGGGAGAAAAUUAAGGAAGCUAAUUUCUCUCGAAACGAAUGCCAUUUUAUUUAUACAACAUCAGAAGUGCAGUGAAAACUAUGCAGCAUACAACCAAACUCAUCUAUGAAAAUCAAUCGCUUGUCCCUAUAGAAAAGGAUUGUGUGAGCGUUAAAGAGAUUUUCAGACUGCAAAAUAUGGACGAGCUUAAGAAAGCUGAAGAUAAAUAUCUUAAAUUCUAG